GGUGGGAUUUCCCUUCUCAGGGUCACCACUAGUCUCCGUGACACAUGAUAGCAUGUGGCCUUUCCCUAGAGCCUUUAGGCUCCUUGAGCUCUCUGAAUACUAUCCCAGGAGCUUUGGUGUGGUCCCAGGCCAAAGUUUAUCCUGGGGGUUUCCCUGCGCUGCUCCGCCCUUCCCCCUGGGCGUCUGAGUUCUUCAGAGAGAAGGGACCUGACUAGGAUGGCGGUUCUUUCUCAUCCUCGAAGUUCCCCAACCCCUCUGCAGGUGAACACUGGCAAACUUGUUGAAUCUCCUUAGGAAGGUCCACCAUGAGUGAGAAAUGGGACUCAAACUCUUCAGAAAGCUGGAAUCACAUCUGGAGUGGCAAUGAUACACAGCAUCACUGGUAUUCAGAUAUCAACAUUACCUAUGUGAACUACUAUCUCCACCAGCCCCAAGUGGCAGCUGUCUUCAUCAGUUCCUACUUCCUGAUCUUUGUCUUGUGCAUGGUGGGAAAUACUGUCGUUUGCUUUAUUGUGAUAAGGAAUAGACACAUGCACACAGUCACUAAUUUCUUCAUCUUAAACCUUGCCAUAAGUGAUUUACUGGUUGGAAUAUUCUGUAUGCCUAUCACAUUGCUGGACAACAUCAUAGCAGGAUGGCCAUUCGGAAGCAGCAUGUGCAAGAUCAGUGGGCUGGUGCAAGGGAUCUCAGUUGCGGCUUCCGUCUUCACCUUGGUUGCAAUAGCUGUGGACAGAUUCCGCUGUGUGGUCUACCCCUUUAAGCCAAAGCUCACUGUCAAGACAGCCUUUGUCACGAUUGUGAUCAUCUGGGGCCUGGCCAUCGCCAUUAUGACUCCAUCUGCAAUAAUGUUACAUGUACAAGAAGAAAAAUACUACCGUGUGAGACUCAGCUCCCACAAUAAAACCAGCACAGUCUACUGGUGUCGGGAGGACUGGCCAAGACAUGAAAUGAGGAGGAUCUAUACCACAGUGCUAUUUGUCACCAUCUAUCUUGCGCCUCUCUCACUCAUUGUUAUCAUGUAUGCAAGGAUUGGGGCUUCCCUCUUCAAGACGGCAGCACACUGCACAGGCAAGCAGCGUCCAGAGCAGUGGCAUGUAUCCAAGAAGAAACAGAAGGUCAUCAAGAUGCUGCUGACUGUGGCCCUCCUUUUCAUCCUUUCCUGGCUUCCCCUGUGGACCCUGAUGAUGCUCUCAGACUAUACUGACCUGUCUCCUAACAAACUGCGUAUCAUCAACAUCUACAUCUACCCUUUUGCCCACUGGCUCGCCUUCUGCAACAGCAGUGUCAACCCUAUUAUUUAUGGAUUCUUUAAUGAAAAUUUUCGCAAUGGUUUCCAAGAUGCUUUCCAGAUCUGCCAAAAGAAAGCCAAACCCCAGGAAGCCUAUUCCCUGAGAGCUAAACGCAACAUGGUCAUAAACACAUCUGGCCUGCUGGUACAGGAACUGGUGUCUCAAAACCCAGGUGGGGAAAAUUUGGGAUGUGGAAAAAGUGCAGACAAUCCCACACAGGAAUCCUUGAUAGAGGAAAUGGGAGAAGCUACUAACAGUACUGUGGCUUAAAAAGAUAGUGUGGACCCCAGUACUACCUGAUGUCAUAUAGUAUUAAAUAUUGCUGCUUGUUGUGGCUUUUCAUUUCUUAUAGUCUGAUGAGAACAUUUACUGAAAGCCCUCUUUGUCAAAAAUAAAAGUAUGAAAGUGGUCUUUCUAGCCAGGCUUAUGGUACAUGAAAUAUUCAGUGACUUUCAUGUUUGCCUGAAGUGUUUCAAAAGUCUGACUGUUCCCAUUUUAACCAUUUAUUUUAUAUGAUUCAAGUAAAUCAAGCAUGUGUGUCUUUCUCUGUCUGUCUCUCUACCCAUCUAUCUUUCCUUCUGUCAUCCAUCCUCUACCUAUCUAGAACAGGAGCUCUCAACUUGUGGGUCACGACCACUUUGGAGAUCAAACGAUCCUUUCACAGGGGUCACCUAAAACCAUCAGAAAAUGCAUGCAUUUACAUUAUACUCAUAACAGUAGCAAAAUUGCUGUUGUGAAGUUGCAAUGAAAAUGAUUCAAUAGUUGGAGGUCACCACAGCAUGAGGAACUGUAUUAAUGAGUAACAGCAUUAGGAAUGUUGGGAACCAGUGAUUCAGGACACACAUCUCCCUAAAUUAUGCUGGAUAUACUUUGCAUGGAAGUACAUUUUUGUCAAUUAUAAUUGAUUUUGUAUUUGAAAUUAAUGUGCUCUGAUUUUGAAAUGGGCUCAGCCUUUGAAGGAAACUAUUGCAUUACCUGAGGUCUUUGCUACUGAUUUCUCAUUCCUGUUGAUAAAUCUGGGUUACUCUUAAAGCAAGAUGCUGCAAGCCCCUGCAUCAGUAAUGAUGCCCCUGGCCACUUCACUUUAUGUGUUAGAACUGCAGUACCAAGGAAGGGGAAUUGUAUUUUUUACAAUUUAAAAGAUUUGUUUUUCUGUUGAAAACUAUAAAGUUAAAGAAGUCAUAAUACUCAAUAGCAGUUACUGCUAGGGCUAGAGAGAUGGCUCAGAAGUCAAGCCCAUUCAUGACUCUUGAUGAAUGACUACUAUUACCCACCUGAUGGUGGUUCAUGACCAUCCAUUGCCUAAGUCCCAGGGUAUCUAAAACCUUUGCUGACUUCUCCAGAUAUCAGGCACAGAUGUGGGGCAGAUACGCCCAC